CUCCCUCCCUCCAUCUGCCUCACUCUCUCUUUCUCCUUCUGUCAGUCAUUGAGUCAUGAUGGCGGAGCGGACGGUGCCUCAUGCAUAUCCCAUGAGUACUCAGUGUGAACUGAACUCUCCCAGAAGGAUCUACGACCAGAACUUUGGAGAGGCUCUUACCCCCCAGGACCUCCUCACCCCCACCCUGUACCAUGGUUACUAUGUCCGUCCAAGAAUCACCAAGCAGCUAGGGCGGGGCUUCUCUGAUAUAGAGGCGGAGCCAGGGAAGUGGACGGUUCGAUUGGACGUGUGUCAGUUCACUCCUGAUGAAGUCACCGUUCGCACUGUCGACAACCUACUGGAGGUAAAGACUUCUAACCCCUGA